AAUCAUAUCCCAACUCACACACAACCGUCCAGACUCGGCUCUUGCAUGGCAGCGGGCGCUUUUCAAUUUUUUUUACAUUUUUGCCGUAGUUUGUAGACCUAGGUCGAAUUUUUAAGAAUCGCAGUCCUACGUCAAAACAGCCAGCGCUAACACGUCCACGUCAAAUGUCGUCUGCACGGGCCCAGCGCGUUAGCUUUCCGGGUACCUUCUGCUUUGAACAGCUGUGACACCGGUGCCGGUUAUUUGAUUUGUUACCUUUCCGAGCCAUGGCUCCUAGUAUACGAUCACGACAAACUGCCCAUUCCAAGAAAGAAGUGAAGAAAUUGACCAAGAAAGCAAAAAAUAAUGUGUCAACGAAAGAAGAUGUACCUGUAUCUCCUCAUCCAUCCGAAAUUGGCCUUGUCUAUCCAAAAGCUGACAUUGCCUUUAAAAUAUUAUUAACAGCUCGGUUUUGUUCUGCGAUAUGGAGCAACAUUUCUGACUGCGAUGAAACCUACAAUUUUUGGGAACCCAGCCACUUCAUGCUGUAUGGCAAAGGCUUUCAGACCUGGGAGUAUUCCCCUGAAUUUUCUUUGAGGUCCUACACUUACAUUAUGGUGAACAUGCUCCCUGCUUGGUUGUAUUCUCAACUUUUUCAAGCUAAUCGCAUGCUGACAUUCUAUUUCUCACGUUGUCUAUUUGCACUUGUGUGUGCCUGGUGUGAGCUUUAUUUCUACAAGGCUGUUUGUCGGGAGUUUGGAGUUGCUAUUGGUCGCUUGACUUUGGCCUUUUUAUUGUUUAGUGCUGGAAUGUUCAUUUCAAGUACUGCAUUUUUACCAUCCACCUUCUCAAUGUAUAUGACCCUCCUCUCCAUGGCAGCCUGGUUUGAGCGCAAAUAUGAGGUAGCUAUAUUGGCGACGGCUCUCUCUGCAUUUUUAAGUUGGCCAUUUGCAGGCCUCAUUGGCUUGCCGAUUGCUUUGGAUUUAGUCUUUAGGAAACGUGACAUCUCACGAUUUUUACGCUGGAGUAUUAUAUCAACAACUGCCAUUGUACCUCCAAUGAUCUGGAUUGACUCCCAGUACUAUGGGCGGCUGGUUUUUGCUCCCUUUAACAUUAUCUUGUAUAAUGUUUUCACAUCUCAUGGGCCUGAUUUAUAUGGAACUGAACCAUGGUCCUUUUACUUCAUCAACUGUUUCUUGAAUUUCAAUUUUGUCUCUGUGUUGGCUAUUUUAACCCCAUUAGUCUUGGUUUUGGCUGGGUUGGUUUUGCAUUCACAGCCCCGUCACUCAGCAUGUUUACCAUUUUGGCUGUCAUUAAUGCCACUUUACCUUUGGUGUGCGGUUUUCUUCUUGCAACCUCACAAGGAAGAAAGGUUUCUUUUCCCAGUGUAUCCAUUAAUUUGUCUUUGCGGAGCUGUAACUGUUGAUACUGUCCAAAAAUUGUGGUUUGCUCUCAUUAUCCAAUAUUGUAAGAAGAAAAAGUCUGACACAAAACCAUUACAUUAUCUGAACUAUACCACAUUUAUAUUUGUCAUAUCUAUUGUGGUAUGUUCAUUCCUUGGUCUAUCAAGGAUUUUAACAUUGUACAAUGGCUAUCAUGCUCCAAUGGAUAUAUAUAUGGAAUUAAGUGGGCUUCAAAGCAGUGGGCUUCAAGACCUUCCCAAGAGAGGAAAUAUCAACGUGUGUGUCGGUAAAGAAUGGCAUAGAUUUCCCUCUAGCUUCUUUUUGCCAAAUGACAGGUUCCAUCUUCGGUUUCUUCAGUCUGAGUUUAAAGGACAGCUACCAGCUCCAUUCAGCAAUGGUCCUGAUGCUACUGCCGUUAUUCCAGAAAAUAUGAAUUCGCAGAACCUUGAAGAGCCAUCCCGUUAUUUUCCUUUGAGCAAGUGUAAUUUCUUAAUUGAUGCUCAUUUGGGAUAUGAAUCUCCUGCUGAACCAUUCUAUGCACAAAACACUUCUUCAUGGACCAUUGUCAAGAGCCUUCCAUUUUUAAAUGCUGCCAGAUCGGAUCCAGUGUUUCGGGCCUUUUAUGUUCCAGUCCUUUCUGCAAUGUUUAAUGAAUAUGGAACUUAUUACUUGCUCAAAUCAACUCAAAGUUGAAACCAUUUCCUGCCAUUUUGUGUUUGAUUGUGUAUGAAUACUGUGACUGUGCAUUCAAAGCAUUCCUAAGUGCAAAGAUGAAUUUGAUGCCCCCCUCACAAAUUAGUUAUUUUCCAUGAACUGUUGUAAUAUAAAAAUAGUUUAGCAUGCAAGUUGUGGGGACAAUUUAGUGCUCUGUACUUAUUCCCGAUGUUCUUUUUCUAACAGGAAGUAUACAUUUGUUGUGUUUUAGAAUAGCACAAAUGGGUUUGAACUGAAGUGUGUGAGAUGCGGCCUUAGCCAUUCUUUUCCAGGUUUACUUUGUAAAGUCUUCACAGCACAUAAUAGGAGCCCUUUCCCCUAUUACAUUAUAAUUUAUAAUUGGGUGGUAUAGUAAGGUUUGUCUUUCACCAAUGAUUUCUUUUUUUAAUUUGAACAUUUUAGUCUAUGGACACUGUGACCGCUUGGAGUGAGCUUUAUCUGUGUGGUGCUGAUAUCCUGAAAUCUCAAAGGUUUGGAUUAGGCAUUAUCUCAGCCAGUAGACUGUACAUAUUGUUGUUAUGUAGUUAUAGAUUUGUAAAGAGGCUAGACUAGAAAUUUCACUUAAGUGAAGUUCAAAACACUUUCCAUGAAAGGGAAAGUUUAGCUGUAGCAUUAUCUAUGAAAUGUACCUAUCUAUUUGUUUUAAGCUACAAAUAACAAUGAUGUAGGGUAAUCUUUCCUCAAGUGGGACUUUUUCUGAUAAGUAUAUUUUUUAUGACUUUGCUUUGUCCUUUUUGGCUUAGCAAUAGCAAAGUCUUUGUUAUAAUGUAUUUUCUGUGAUUUGUUUACUUAGACUGCAUUUAAGGGAAUGCAAUAUCUGCUGUAUAACUCAAUUCAAUUAAAACAACUUUUUAAUUGUUUUGUCACUUAAUUUGAAAGGCUUCUGCAGUAGUUUUGUAAUCUUGUGAAUUUCUAGUCCAAUGCAAGUUGCCUGUAUAAUUCUUCAAGCACUUAUUACUGUAUGUCUCUCUUCAACAAAGAGGGAAAAUAAACCUAACCAUCUACUGUU